AUAAUCCUACCCUCCCAUAAAUAACUGAAGGAGUCCCUCUGCUUGCAAACUCUUUUUUCUCGCCUUUUCUCUCUAGAAUUCUGUUACCAUUAUUCUCUCUCUGUAAUUUGUUGACUCAGUGGAAAAAUGAAGGAAAGCGUAGCAAACCCUUUGCAUCUCAAAUCUUUGAACCACAUCUCACUUGUGUGUAAAUCGGUUGAGAAGGCCAUUGAUUUCUACCAGAAUGUUCUUGGGUUUUUCCCUAUCAGGAGGCCGGGUUCUUUUGACUUUGAUGGGGCAUGGUUAUUUGGCUUCGGGAUCGGAAUACAUCUACUGCAAUCAGAGACUCCUGAGAACAUGCCAAAGAAGACUGAAAUUAAUCCAAAGGAUAAUCAUAUCUCUUUUCAGUGUGAGAGCAUGGGCGCGGUUGAGAAGAAGCUGAAGGAGAUGGGGAUCAAGUACGCGCGGGCGAUGGUAGAGGAAGGCGGGAUCCACGUUGAUCAGAUCUUCUUCCACGAUCCUGAUGGGUUCAUGGUGGAGAUAUGCAACUGCGACAACCUUCCCGUGGUCCCAUUAGCGGGCGAGAUGGCUCGAUCAUGCUCGCGCGUAAACCUCCAGAUGAUACAUCAGCAGCAGCAGAUCCGAGUCGUCCAUCAGUAGAACUGUAGAGGAGGAGGAGUAGGAGGAGGGCGUUUGGUGGGGUCACUGGAGUGCCAAUAAUAAUAAUAAUAAAAAUUAAAAAAAAUCAUCGGGACUCGUAUUUGCUUGUUUUCUUCUACUUCUUGUGUUUCGUUUUCUAUUUGUGAUGAAGACAAAUUUAAAAAUCCAAAUGGGAAAUUGUUUGCUUUUUCCAACUUUUUCAUCUCAA